ACUACCAACACAACUGAUUACAUAUUUACUUACGGGUUCUAGCCAUAUAACAACUAUUCAACUCACUUAUGCUUUUACACAAACACACACAGACAUCGAUCAAAUUAUAUGGUUAAGGAAACUCAUUUAUACGACAUUUUAGAAGUGUCCACCGCAGCAUCAACCGAAGAGAUAUCCAAGAAUUAUAAACGACGAGCCUUGAAAUGCCACCCCGAUAAAACUAACCAUGAUCCACAGCUCACCGAACAGUUUAAGGAAAUGACAAGGGCGUAUGAAGUUUUGCGCGAUCCCAACCAACGAACGAUCUAUGACCAGUAUGGAGAGGAGGGAUUACUGGGUGUCGUUGUUGAUGAGCCUCAACAAGCACCAGCAGCAGCAGCAGCACCACCACCAGUGCCACCUAGAAGAAGAUCGGCGUUUGCCACCGAUAUAUUUUCACAAGUAUUCAACGAUAUCAAUAGUAUGUUUUCACAGGGCCCCAUGUUUGAGUUUAGUGCUACUAGUGCCCCAGGGUCUGGUCAUCCAUUCAUGUCUACUACUACCAGUACCAGCACCAUUUUCGAUGGAACACAGUUUUCCAGCUCUGCAUCUGGCUCUUUUGAAAAUAUGAAGAAAAUAGUCGAACCUUGGGGAGAACAGGAGUUUAUGCGCGGCGAAGACAUUCACCAUACAUGCACCGUCAAUCUUGCUGAUUUAGUAUACGGCAAAACAAUCAAGUUACAGUUACCCAAAAAUAGUAAAUGUGGAGUAUGUCAAGGAAAUGGUGGAUUCAAUCCCAAAACAUGCAUACAAUGUCGAGGAACAGGGAAGAUUAAAACAACAUUUUGUAAUAGGUUUUCUCGAUUCCAACAAACCGGAAGUUGCAAACCAUGCAAUGGAACCGGGAUAUUCACGCACUAUAAAGAUAAAUGUCCAAAUUGUAAAGCUACCGGUUACAUUCAACAGUCCAAGUUGAUUAAAGUUAAUGUAUACCCGGGAUCUAAAGAUGGCGACAGGAUAAUACUUCCUAGUGAAGGAGAUGAAGGAAGGAAUAUCAUACCUGGGGAUCUCAUUAUUCAUUUACGACAGAAUAGACAUCCGUUUUUAGUAAGGAAAGGACAUGAUUUAUUUAUGGAUCACGAGAUUGAUUUAAAAACUGCAUUAUUGGGUGGUGAAAUCCAAAUACCAAAUUUCAUCAAACAAGGCCAAUUAUUAAAAGUUUAUAUAAACGUGCAUGGAAUUGAAUCGGUAAAUAAUAACGAUUCGAUCCAACAGGGGGAGAUUGUGGGAGUGAUCAAUUCUGAUGAGCCCAAGAUUUUGAAAGGUUUAGGAAUGCCAAUAAAUGAAAUGGUUAAAGGUGGAGAAAUCAUUGAGAAUUUAAAUGAAGUAGAGGAAAUGAAAGAAGUGUUAUUCGAUUUAAGACGAUACAACCGUGGUAAUUUGUAUAUAAAUUUCCAUGUUAAAUUACCAAACAUUGGCGAUUUCUCCCAGAUGGAUUUGUUGCAGCUCCAAAGUAUUUUGCCUAGCGCACAACCAACUGGUGAGAAUGGUUCCGAAAUUAUUGAAUCGAAUCUUGCGAAUUUACCGGGGAAUCCUAGGAUAUACAAGAGUGUCAGUCCGACAAAGUCUAGUUCUGGUGAUAUAGAUAUGGAUAUAAAUGGUGGUUCAUAUGUUAAUGGGAAACGAAGGAGGUUUUAACAUGCUGCAGACAUGUAUUUGACAGAGACCAUUCUGUCUUAUUUAUUAUGAUUUACGUUACUUACAAUAGGUUUAUAUUACUAGGGACAGUUUGUUCUAGACAUAAUAUAGAUAUGAUC